GUGAAACUAAUAAUAUAGUAAAGUAAAAAAAAAAUAAUUAUUAAAAAAGAGAAAGGAAUAUUACGUGGCUAUUUGCCCAUGUGAAUGUGAUUGAUGUUAGCUUGAUUAUUGUUGGGAAUUCAAAGUGAUGUGAAUUAAUUGUUUCUAAGUUAGAGUGUUGUCUAUAAGUACUCACGUUUAUUUUGUAUGUAUGCACUCCAAAACACACACACAAACAAACAUCUAGAUAUGGCUUCAAGACCUGGAAUCCUCACUGAUUGGCCAUGGAAGCCUCUUGGAAGCUUUAAGUAUGUAGUGCUAGCUCCAUGGAUCAUUCAUAGCACAUAUUCAGUGUUGGUGAAGGAUAAGAGUGAAAGGGAUGUAUCAACUUUUCUUAUAUUUCCAUUUUUGUUAUGGCGUGUUAUUCAUAAUCAAUUAUGGAUCAGUCUCUCUCGUUAUCGAACUUCUAAAGGGAAUAAUAGAAUUCUUGACAAAGGAAUUGAAUUUGACCAAGUUGAUAGAGAAAAAGAUUGGGAUGACCAAAUAUUGUUCAAUGGGUUACUAUAUUAUUUGGCAUGCUAUACCUUGCAAGGGGCAUCACGUCUUCCACUAUGGAGAACUGAUGGAGCUAUAAUUACCACAUUACUUCAUUUGGGACCAGUGGAGUUUCUAUAUUAUUGGUUACAUAGAGCACUUCAUCAUCAUUUUCUCUAUUCAAGAUAUCAUUCUCAUCACCAUUCUUCCAUUGUCACUGAACCAAUCACUUCUGUCAUCCAUCCAUUUGCAGAACACAUAUCAUAUUUUGUUCUAUUUGCAAUACCCAAGUUGACCCUUGUCUUCACAAAUAGAGCUUCUAUUGGGGCCAUGGUUGGAUAUGUCACUUACAUUGAUUUUAUGAAUAAUUUGGGUCAUUGCAACUUUGAGAUUGUUCCUAAGUGGCUCUUUGAUAUUUUCCCACCUCUCAAGUAUCUCAUGUACACCCCCUCGUAUCACUCUUUGCACCAUACUCAAUUUAGAACAAACUACUCACUUUUUAUGCCACUUUAUGACUACAUUUAUGGGACAAUGGACAAAGCUUCAGAUGAAUUGCAUGAAUCAACAUUAAAGAGAAAAGAAGAGACCCCAAAUGUGGUCCAUUUAACACAUUUAACAACCCCUGAAUCAAUCUAUCAUCUUAGAUUUGGUUUUGCUUACUUGGCUUCUAAGCCAUACACAUCAAAAUGGUACCUUUGGUUGAUGUGGCCUAUCACAUCUUGGUCCAUGUUGCUCACAUGGGUCUAUGGUCGCACAUUCAUUGUGGAAAGAAAUCGUUUUGAUCAUAAACUCAACCUCCAAACUUGGGCAAUACCUAAGUACACUCUACAGUACCUAUUGCAAUGGCAAAAAGUUCCUAUAAACAAAAUGAUUGAGGAAGCAAUACUUGAUGCUGACAAAAAGGGAAUAAAAGUGGUGAGUCUAGGUCUAAUGAAUCAAGGAGAAGAGCUUAACAUGUAUGGAGGGUUAUAUGUUAGUAGGCAUCCAAAGCUUAAUGUUAAGGUUGUUGAUGGUAGUAGCCUUGCUGUUGCUUCUGUUCUUAAUAGCAUUCCAAAAGGAACAACUCAAGUAUUACUUAGAGGAAAACUCACCAAAGUUGCUUAUGCUAUUGCCUUCACAUUGUGCCAACAAGGAGUUCAGGUAGCUAUAAUGCAUGAUGAUGAUUAUGUGAAGCUCAAAAAGUCAUUGAUCAAUAGCUCUGAAACAAAUUUGGUCCAUACAAAAAGUUGCACUCAGAUGAUUUGGUUAGUGGGAGAUGGACUGACUGAAGAAGAACAAAUGAAGGCACCAAAAGGAGCAUUAUUUAUUCCAUACUCACAAUUCCCACCAAAGAAACAUCGUAAGGACUGCUCAUAUCAUUUCACACCAGCAAUGCAAACUCCAACUUCUAUUGAAAAUGUCCAUUCUUGUGAGGAUUGGUUGCCAAGGAGGGUAAUGAGUGCAUGGCGCAUUGCUGGAAUAGUACACUCUUUAGAAGGAUGGAAUGAACAUGAAUGUGGAUACAAAAUGCAUAACAUAGAAAAAGUUUGGGAUUCAGCUCUUAAACAAGGAUUCCAACCUCUCACUAUUCCACUUAAAAAAAUUAGCUAAUUAAUUACUAAUUAAGCACCGGAUAAAUGUGUUUGUUUGUUAUCUUGUAGCUCUCAAGGUAUAAAAUAAGUCCUUAGUUAUGGUUCUAAAAUAAGUAUGUUAGGUACUGCACUUUUAUAUAAAAUUUGUAAUAUGUCUAUGGUUGGUAUUUUAUUAUAUAUGAAGUUAAUUAUAUGUUUAUGUUUA